AUGAUAGCUGCAAUUUUUAUUAUAGAAGCAAUUAGAUAAAACUAAUAUAAAGUACCUAUUUUUUUUUCUUUUUAGAUGAUACAGUACCAUAUGAAAUGGAUUAAAAAUUAAAUAUUCUAAAAACACUAACUGAAAUGA